AUGAAGUACAAAAAAGAUGAAUCAGGUUCUGAUAAUGAAUCCGAUGAUGAUGUGAUAGUUGUCUAUGAAAGAAAACCGACUCCAGCACAGAUAGCAAUGGCUCUUAAAUUGAGACUCCCGCCAACAUUUUAUCUUUAUGAAUACAAAGAGCCGUGUCCAGGUUGUAUUGGAUGUUACGACAUUGACAUUGCCGAGUUGUUUAAUAAGGAGAAUAGGUUCAGCACGGAAGAUCAGAGGGAGACCAGCACAAAGGCAAAGGAAGAAAGUGUCCAACCAAGCCAAGAAACGCCCUCUACAGCACCAUUGAUGUUUGGUGGUUCAACUGCUGGUAGUUUGUCCUUUGCUUCCAUAUCCGCUGAAACUAACAGUACUCCAGACUUUAUGAAGCAAAAAACUUUUCAGAACUUUUCCUGGUCUGGUGCUGGUACACCUGGUGGCGCUGAAACUGAGUAUGACCCGCAUUAUGAACCCAUCGUAACCUUACCGGAGGUCACUGAUAUAAAGACUGGUGAAGAAGACGAGACCUGUCUGUGGAAGGAACGUGGAAAACUUUAUCGCUUCAACAAGGAGUUGUACCAGUGGAAAGAAUGCGGAGUUGGCGACAUUAAGUUCAUGCAAAACAAGAACACCGGUAGGAUACGUAUCCUAAUGCGGAGGGAAAAGGUGUUGAAAGUAUGCGCUAAUCACAUGAUCACACCGGACAUUGAGUUAAAGACGAUGCAGUCGUCCGACCGUGCAUGGGUCUGGAAUGCGCUGGAUUUUUCCGAAGGAAAAGCUAGUAUUGAACAGUUGGCCAUUAGAUUCAAGAAACCUGAAGUGGCAUCCGAGUUUAAAAAUAAAUUUGAGGAAUGUAAACAACUUGCUAUAGAAACAGAGAAAACGGGAUCAGUAAAGAAGGUGGAGGAGAAAAAAGAGGAAACAGAAGUGAAGAACUUUUCCUGGUCUGGUGCUGGUACACCUGGUGGCGCUGAAACUGAGUAUGACCCGCAUUAUGAACCCAUCGUAACCUUACCGGAGGUCACUGAUAUAAAGACUGGUGAAGAAGAUGAGACCUGUCUGUGGAAGGAACGGGGAAAGCUUUAUCGCUUCAACAAAGACUUGAACCAGUGGAAAGAACGUGGAGUUGGCGACAUUAAGUUCAUGCAAAACAAGAACACCGGUAGGAUACGUAUCCUAAUGCGGAGGGAAAAGGUGUUGAAAGUAUGCGCUAAUCACAUGAUCACACCGGACAUUGAGUUAAAGACGAUGCAGUCGUCCGACCGUGCAUGGGUCUGGAAUGCGCUGGAUUUUUCCGAAGGAAAAGCUAGUAUUGAACAGUUGGCCAUUAGAUUCAAGAAACCUGAAGUGGCAUCCGAGUUUAAAAAUAAAUUUGAGGAAUGUAAACAACUUGCUAUAGAAACAGAGAAAACGGGAUCAGUAAAGAAGGUGGAGGAGAAAAAAGAGGAAACAGAAGUGAAGAGUUUGGCUGAAAAGUUCAAACCAAAACCAGGAAGCUGGAAUUGUGACACUUGCUUAGUUUCUAACCCUCCGGGAACUGUUAAAUGCCUUGCAUGUGCCACACCAAAACCAGGGGUAGUACCAACAACACAGGCAACCACUUCUACAUCAUCCCAGCCACAACCAGCAAGUGCAACUGGUGGUUUCAGGUUUGGAGGAACAAUUUCUUCACCACAAACCUCUGGGUUCACUUUUGGGGGAAGUGACAGUGACAAGCCUAGUCAAAAUUCUGGCUUCAACUUUGGACAGGCAUUUGAUGGUAGCCAACCACAAACAACUAGGGGAUUCUCAUUUGGUAGCAGCAAACCAACUGGUGGUUUUUCAUUUGGUGGUGAGUCAACUAAAGUGGCAUCUUCAACUCAACAAAAACCCUCAUCUCCUCCUGCUGUUGCUACUACCACUAAUGAUGCUGAUAAAAAGGACAAAACAACGAGUUUAUCGGAAAUGUUCAAGCCUAAAGCAGGAGUCUGGUCUUGUCCUACUUGUUUGUGUCAGAAUACAGCAGAACAUAAAAAAUGCCCAGCAUGUCAGACCCACCAGCCUGGUGCCCAACCAGAAGCCUCCAGUUCAUUUGCAUCUUCUACUACUAGUAGUUCUUUCAAAUUUGGAAAUACUUCAUUAGAACAGUUACUUGGAAAGAGUACCACAGGACCUAAACAAGCUGGUGCCACAUCACCUGCACCUGCAAAAACUUUCUCAUUUGGUCAGUCAGGAAAACCUUUGCCACAGUUCAGUUAUGGAGGAGGGGAUGUUAGUGGUGCUGUCUCCAGCCCUCCUGCUUCUACUGGAUUUACAUUUGGAGCUCCAAAACCAACAUCUGGUGGAUUCAUGUUUGGAAGUAAUCUGAAUCAAAACGCUGCUAAAGAACAAGCUGUUGACCUUUUCUCAACAAAGAAGACAACUGAUCAGGGUUGCAAAUUUUCAGAAAUGGCUAAAUCAUUCACCUUCCAAUUCAAAAUGGAUCCAGAAGAAGCAGCUAAUGCACCUCCAAAAUCUCCAACAAAAUCACCAGGCAUUCAACGAUCGCCCGGUCUCAUGAAAUCACCAAGUCUGGAUAAAUCAGGAGAUGAUUCUUAUUACAAAGAUGAUGAUUAUGAUGGCUUGCAUUUUGAGUCAGUUGUUCACCUUGAUCCGGUUGAGCUGACAACUGGAGAGGAGAAUGAGGAUGUGAUGUUCUGCCAUCGAGCCAAGUUGUACCGGUAUAACAAGGAAUUCAAUGAGUGGAAGGAGCGUGGCAUAGGUGAUAUCAAAAUAAUGAAGCACAGAGAAACCGGACUCUACCGUAUAUUAAUGAGACGAGAACAGGUUCUUAAGUUAUGUGCAAACCACUUCAUUCAACCAGAGAUGGAUCUGCAUCCUAAUUCAGGUUCUGAUCGUUCUUGGGUGUGGACAGCAAUGGAUGCUUCUGAUGAUGGAAACGUCAAACCAGAAUUACUGGCAGUUCGCUUUAAGACUUCAGAUGUUGCUGCUGCUUUUAAAGAAGCUUUUGAGAAUGCUAAGGAAGCUGUCAUAAAGAUUAAAGGUAGCAAUCAAGCUAAGCCAACAGAGAAAGAAAUAGAUGAUAAAUCAAAAGAAGUGAAGAACGAAGACACAGAAGAAAUCAAACCUGAUCAAGUUGAAAAGAAAAGUGUAGAUGAUAAGGGAAAUACUCUAGUAGAGGAGAAAGAUAAUGAGGAGGAAGAUGACGACGAUGAGGAGGAUGAUGACAAUGAUGAGGAGGAGGAUGAUGAAGAUGAGGAGGAGGAUGAGGACGAUGAUGAGGAGGAUGAUGAAGAGGAGGAGGCAGAAGACAAAAAAGUGGAGGAUGAAGACAAGGACAAGACACAAGUUGACAGUGCAGUUACUUCUGCACCAACAUUCAGCUUUGGACAAAGUUUUGCUGCAGCAGUGAGAAAAACAAUGAGUGAAGGUUAUUACCCAGAGGAAGAAUGGGACGAUCUGCAGUUUGAGCCAGUUGUCACACUAAAAGAAAUUGAAUUUAAAACUGGUGAGGAGGAAGAAGAACAGUUAUUCUGCCAGCGUGCGAAACUGUACCGCUGGAAUCGUGAGACGGCACAGUGGAAAGAGCGUGGGGUUGGCAAGAUCAAGAUCCUGAAGCACAAGGUUAUGAAUCGCUGCCGUGUAGUAAUGCGGAGAGAUCAAGUGCUGAAGAUCUGUGCCAACCACAUAAUCACGCCGGAGAUGGAAUUAAAACCAAAUGCAGGAUCAGACAGAUGGCUCGUCUGGAAUGCCAUGGAUGCAUCAGACAUGGAACCUAGGCUGGAACAGCUUGCCGUCAAAUUCAAAACUCCUGCUAUUACUGCAGAUUUCAAGGCAGUCUUUGAAAAAUGUCAAGGCACUUAAAAUUCUACAGAGUGUUAAUCUGGUAGAUAAAUUGCAAUAUAGAUUGUUUGUCCUCGCAGCAAUUUGACCAGUCGACAUGUAUUUCGUGGAAUCAUCUAAACACAACCUUUUUUGUGUCAUCUUUGCUAAACUUUCAAAGACUUAAAAAUUCUAAUAUUUGAUCACUUAUUUAAGGAAGCUAAUACCGGUAAUUCUUUCCAAAAAUUUUGAAUUUUGAAAAUUAGAAUAUUGCAAUAUUUUCUUCACCAAUUAGCAGACAUAUUAUAUCUACUUGAAG